UCAAUUUUUGUAUGAACUAGAUGCCACGCCGAGGGUUCGGAAUAUCUAGCAAAAUGACCAUAAGGAGUUAAUAACACGAAACGUAUUAAAAACUUCGAACCAUUUUUUUUUUCCAGACAUGUAAGGACUGUAUCGGAAAUUAACUGUAAACGUUCACAAUUGCCUGAAAAAUAAUCUGUUCGAAAUAAACAUAACUUUAUUUUUGAAGAUACUCUAUAAAUCUCUUAAAUAAAGAAUGGCAGUUCUGAUUUUCAAAUAAUAAUCAUUCAACUUGGACUUUUAUCUCAAAGAUUGCACAUAUGUUUUUAAAAUUUUGGACACCUCCUAAAAAUUUAAAAUUGCGAAAACUGUGGAACAAUAUUCAAUUUUUUCCCUUUUUUUUGCGCAAAUAUAUUCUUUUCCAGAAUGCUCAUGAUAUAGGAAAGUUUAGGGAAAUUCUUAAAAAUGAAAAAAGGCCAUUUUUCGUGGAUCUCUUUUUUUUAUGCGUCUUCAAAGAACGAUUACGCAAAUAAAAAAUACAUAAAGUUGAAAAUUUGAUUUUUUUUUUUCGAUUGGGUAUGUAUUUAAAUCUAUUGAAGAGGUAGUUUUAUCAGAGAACGGAGUUUUAUAACCUCUGAAGAUAAAUAAAACAGAACGUCAAAUUUUGACCAAAAAGUAGGUGUUUUUUUGGGAUAGACCAUAUUCUUAAUGUUGGAGGUUUUUCUAUGCAAAAUAAGAAUUUUCAAAGUCGGUAUUGAGUGAUAUAUAAUAUGUACUUAACUGCUAGAAAUAAUCAUUAUUUUCCUGAUUUUUCUCUGUUUAAAUUUUUUUCGCUACAAAUUAUUGAAACGUUAAAAAAAAUUUUAAAAAAUGCAGUUUGUAUAGAUUGUUAUUUUGUGUACUAUACGCAUAGAACCAUAUUUUCAAUAAUACUAAACAUUUUCCAAAUUUCUUCAAGCUGUUCCAAACUUAACUAUAUUGUGAAGAUUUCAUAGAAGAACCGAAAUAAAAAGACCAACCGUGCUUCAAGAUAGAGCAUUUUGAAUGUUUAUAGUAAAUUUCCGAUACAGUCCUUAUGUAAAAAAUUGCUCAAAGCUUCCCUGCCCUUUAUAAAUUCCAAAAUAUUGGAAGAGAAAAAUAUGUUGAAAAAUAGCAGCUCAUAACUCCAUGUUCAAUACAAAAAUGGCUUUCAAGCAACAUUUAUAAAAUAGUUGAUUUUUUAUAGUGUGUCUAAUUUUUAAUUUUCAAUCGUUGUUUUGUUUUUUUGCUCCUUAUUUAUUUUUAGGGAUGUCUUGGUUAAAUCAGAAUUGGUUACUGAACAGAAUUCUUUUAGACUGUAUGUCUCUCCAUGUACUUCUUUAGAAAGAGAAAUUUCUUUAAGGAUUCUCUCAAGCUUUAUAAAUUAUUUUCUCCGGUAUUUUAUGAAAAGAAGAAUUUAAAAGGAUUUCCCAGAUUGAUUUCAGCAAGAUUUUUUCCAAUGACAUAUUCACUGCUGUUCUUCUGCACAAUGUUGCUAUAUUUCACCGAGUACUUGCUCAUCAAAACUCAUUAUGUUUAUUUUAAUCACGCGCGAUUAUGCCGUGCUCUGAUCAUGGAUGAGCAGGAGCAAAUAUAUGGGAAGAAAAACAUAAUGAAAGCGCAAACGACUGUGUGACCAUCUGCUUGUGUCGCAGCGCGCUCGUUUGGUCGGCUCGGUCAUACCGAAUGGAUUGGAUAGGUCUACACGGUUCGGGCCGAACACUUGCGGUGCACACAGAUAUAAAGCAUUCGAAUAUACCGACACAAACGUGCACGCAUACCAAGCCAACCAUGUCUCGUGAUGAGCAUAUUUAGCGAUGAAAAGUACGGCGUCCGCUAUGCGGCGAAAGAUACUCAGACAACCAAUUUGCACGUAUAAUGAAGUUUAUGUUCAUGUUAUACGUACUUUUAUACGAUAAAGUUACAUCGCAUAAGAUGCAGUAAAAGAGCCUUAUGCGUACAAAAGUGAAGGCGCUAUACGUGCAUUGACGGAAGAUUGAUAACGCUAUAUGACACGAAGCGAUAUCUUAUGCGAUGCACGGUGUGCACUAUUGCGACGUAAUAUAGCAUCUUAUGCGACUUAAUAAUAUUAAAAAAAAAUACAAUUCUUAUCACCUCAGUAUUGAACUAAUAGCCUUUGGAAUAUCGAGCCACACUUCACACUUAACAUCAAACACUACUUAUGAAACACACUGGCUAAUUAUCAUGACAUUCUAACUCACCUCAGUGUUUGCUGGAAUGACUUGGUUCCUUUGCAUUGUACGUGUUCAUUAGGCUAUCUGGAGCUCAAAAUGACGAAGCGUGAUUUCCCGCGCAGCUAUCGCUACCACUCUCGGGCUAGCACAACCAAUUGUUAAUCAUCAGGUCAACAAAACAAAAAUGAUGACUUUGUAACUUAUUUUGUCACCACUGCUGACUUUCUUGUAGCUUUUUGGCACUCCAAGAGCACCUCUUUUAUUGUUAUCACGUAUCACAUCGCAAUAUGGCAACGUUAACGAUUCUAGCUUAUGCGAGUUUGUAUGCAAAUUUUAACGAGGUUAUUUUUACUUUUAUGCGAUUCAGUUUGUACACCAAAGCGAGAUAAACUGACAUAAUAAGAAAAGUACCAAGCGAAGUCGUAUGGCCAUCGCAGUACGCAAUUAUGCAAAUUCAACUGACACUUUGCGAGUUCGCUCGAACGCUUUUGCGAAUGAUCAAAAUUUAUCCCAAUAAAACAUCAGAAUAUCGUCUACUACGAUCUAGUCAUACAUGAUAAAAGUUAACUAGCACUCUUGUAUGAUUUUACCAGAUACAUUGCAAUAAGUUCAAAAAAUAACAUCAUUUGUGAUGAACAUUGUCCCUCAGUCGUACAUAUAUGCGAUAGUGACUUAAAAUAAUACUUUAUACGAUGUACAGCGUGCACCCUUAUGCGAUUUUUGGUUGUUUAGGUAAUUACCAACAUCGCUGAUCGGUGUCGAACCCAAUCGUGUGCUAUUCGUAUGGGCGGUUGCACUGAUGCUGCGAUGGAAAGAGACUUUUCGCUCGCUGUUGACAACGACUCAAGGCAACUCGCCUAUGUUUUCACAAAAUAGCAAGGUUGCUUCUGCAAAGUGACGUAAGCGACGAUGAUAAUUUUUAAUUAUUACGUAUCAAUCUCUACGUCGUUCUAUAUGUUUCCUUCCAUAAAUGCUAGAUUGCCACUAGAUCUUGUCUCAUAAUAUAGCAGACAUACCACAGUGUUAUUAUUUCUCCAGAUAUAUACCAAAAGACCUCAUAGCCGUGCGGUUAGGGUCACCAAGCUUCUAAUCGCACCAUGCUAUGGGGUGAGGGUUCGAUUCCAGUUCCGGGCGAUGAAACUUUUCACGAGAAUAGUUUCUUCUCCGUAUCCACUGGUGCAUGAUCCGUGUGUCCGUUGUCUAGUGUUAAGUUUCGUUCAUUCUGUACAGCCGCUGGCUAAAGACGGUGUCCGUGUCUUUUUUCAAGACGUUGAAAUUCGGAAUAGCGCUUACGCUUACAGUUCAGGUAUCUAUUUAGAAUGCAUUUCUGUCCAUCGAUAUUUUGAUUAUUUCGCAUCUCUGCGCAUAGGUUGCUAAACUGGUAUGCCAUAGUGCGUUACAUAGGGUUUCUGGGGGUUUUAGGGGGAUUUUGGAGGCAUUCCAAAUAGCUUUAGAGCAUUUUCGGCGGAUUUCAGAAACGUUACGGAGGCGUUAUAUGGCGUUUUUGGGGGUUUCGGAGGGUGUGAGGUGCGUUACAUAUGAAGUAUGAAUACUUCCAUACCGCAUUGUUAUUUGUGCAACAUUGUAACUUAUUAAAAGCAACUGCUUGGUUUGAUUGAGUCGCAUUAAUUGUCAUUCGUUGCAAACGCAAGCAUAUGUAAGUAAGCAUAAUUUGAACACCCUAAGUCGACGAUCGACCAACAGCGUUCUCCAUGGGUCUCGAUUCAAUCAGACAAUAAAACAUACGACAUUCGUAUUUUAAUCACAGAACCAGUGCCAGUCAUUCUUUCAUAUCACCCAUGGGGUUUCUGGGGGUUUUAGGGGGAUUUUGGAGGCAUUCCAAAAAGCUUCAGAACAUUUUCGGCGGGUUUCAGAAACGUUACGGAGGCGUUACAUGGUGUUUUGGGGGGGUUUCGGAAGGUCUGAGGUGCGUUACAUGGAGUUUCUGGGGGUUUAAGGUAGAUUUCGGAGGCAUUCCAAGAAGCUUCAGAGCAUUUUCAGCGGAUUUGAUUUCAAAGUCGUUGCAAAGGCGUUUUUUAGGAUGGCGGAAACCCUCAGUAGUGUCCCUAUAUUGUCCCCAUAACCCCAAGCGCCAUAUUUAAUUCCAAAAUGGCCUAGGAUAUCGGAUUUUAACAUCAACUCAAUUAGCCAGGUCCGAAAAUAUCCGUAUGGCAUGAGACUUUUUGAUUUGUUAGACGUUUUCCGUAACUAUUCAGUUGGGAACCACUGACCUUUGGUCCCCUGCUCCAUUGGUGAUUAUGACCCUCGGAAUGCACAAUCUGAAAAUCUUUGUCUCCGCUUCUUCACACUUCCGGUUCCUAAGUAAUACGCAUGUCCCGUUUGCAGUUUUCGGAACCACUGGGAUUUCAUUAGUUCACUCAAUUUGCCAAGCCACUACAUUUUUUGCCAUGAUUAAAAAAAUGUCACAGUCACCCAUGAAUAUUUCAUCUGGUCAUUCAUACGUGAAUGUUUUUGUUGCAUGAUAGUCAAGACCAUACACCCUCGAUUAUCAUGCAUACUACAGUUUUUGACAGUACAUUUUGGAUCACUGCCCCUCCGGAACCUUCUGAAACGCCCUUAAAUGUCUUGAAACACCUUGAAACGUUACUGAAACCUGCCAAAUAUCCUUAAUAAGCUUACCUGAGAGCCUAUGCAAUGACGGUAAAAUCAGCCCAGAGAUCCAUGCGUUAAAACGAACUGCUUCUUUUCAGUUAUCUGUGUAUUUUAAGAGCGCAUACAGUAGUUUCCCAACGAAAACCGACGAAGAAAGUGAUAAACCAACCCAGGUCGCGAUGAUCAACGAGCACAAACGAACGAGCGAACGGUCACCACAUCUCGCGGUCUCUCUCGUCUCAUACACUUGCGUUUUGGGACUUUUAUGUCCCGGGGCUAGAACUUGUUGUUCUAUAACAUUUCGACCAGUUGGGGCUGGGUUGGGUUUUCACUUUCGCCAAAAAAUACCUCCCCGAUGUGGGGACGAUGUGAGAAUGUGAAUGUGAAUCGGAGACCCUCUGGGUCCACGAAUUUUGCGUGAGGGAAUCCGAUUCGAUUGGAGUUUCACUUCCUUAUACAGGACGGGUUCGGGAGAAAUGGCUGUGAAUGGUGGUGGUCGUAGUACCUUGUAGUUUUGUGAGGUCAAAGUGGUCGCUUUGACGCUCUGUGUAGGGGAAAUGGCUAUUGUACACGUGUAGAUCUGUAAUGCCACAGAUCCAAAGAGUUUAGGCAAUCCUGACGGUUUACUGCAAACACGUUUUACUUUUGUGCCUGUGGAUUUCAAGGACUGAUCUUCAGAACUGUUCGGACCCACAUAGAACAUUUAAGGGUAUUACCUUAUUCUAGAAUCUCUUGGACCUUUACACCUAAACCGGAAUCAAUGCUUGAGAGCACAUGUACACUCCCGAUCAAAAGUUUGGGGUCACCCCCUCAAAAACAUGUCAUUUUUUAAGGACCUUACUUUCGCCAAUUUGCGUCCGAUUUCAAAACCCUAGGUUUCAUUCAAAAGAUAAUAAGUCAAAGAAACUUUGAACAUGAUUUAAAAGAAACUUUUUCAAAAAAAUAUGAAUGUAAGCUCAACCCAAAGUUGCCAAAUUUUCUAAAAAAUGAAUAUAAACUUACGGCAGUGUCGCUGGAAAUUGGGUCAACCAAAUUUUAAGAUGAGAGCGGUUUCUAUUAGCUUUCAACUGCUUUUUACAGAACUUAGCUAAAAAAUCUAGAAAAAAAGGUAUUAAGUAAAUUAAUCCUUGAUGUCAUCGACCAAAAGUUUGGGGUCACCCCUCAAAAUGAUGUAUCGGCCAAAAGUUUUGGGGUAACUAUCGUAAAACAUGAAAAAGUGAUUUGUUGAUAUCUUUGUCAUCUUUCAUUCAAUUUUAAUUCUUCUUGGCUUAUUUGAAACAAAAUGAAUGAUACUUACUGCAUAGACAUUGAACCACACAUAUUUGUUGAAAUUUUUAUACUAAAACUUAACGUAAAGUUGCCUCAUUUUUUGAAGUGUGGUGAAAUGUGUUAACUUUACAUAACAUUUUUAUAUUCAAAAAUCGUUAAAUACGUCAAGUUAAAGACAUCAAACGUAAAUUUAGUUAAUAAUCUUUGAAAUAAGCUAAAAAGAAUCAAAAUUGAACUAUAGAUGACGAAGAUAUCACCAAAUCACUUUUCCAUGUUUUACGAAAGUGACCCCAAACUUUUGGCUGAUACAUCAUAUUGAGGGGUGACCCCAAACUUUUGGUCGAUGGCAUCAAGGAUUAAUUUACUUAAUAACUGUGUUACAGAAACCGAUCACUCGGCAGCACUGCCACCAGUCGGUAAACUAGGUUCGUCCUCAAUUUCAGAACGUCAGGGUGACAAAUGAAUGACACUCCUGACAAACUGUACACACACGUACUUUACACACAACAGAUCGAAUUGUCAAACGAAAAAACAUUGAAUUUGCACCACGCGUGAUUACUAAAAUUAAAUUGACCUUAUAUUACUAUUAUACAACAAACAAACACUUUGUAAGUACACUAUGAAUUGAACAGAUGAAAUAAAUAACAAAUAGAUCAUUGACGUUAUACAGGAUAGUGACAGAACAGUUGUAGGUCUAGUUAGACACGGACAAAUAAAUAACGGAAAGGACUAGAACUUGUAAGUAGACAUGGACUAACGUUAAGACUGUUACAUUACAUUAAUUACACUGAAUUGCAGCUUAAAGCAUACUCCACUGCAAUUCCGAGUUUGCUAAAUAGAGGGUCCGAAAAUCCGUGUCUAGGACUGGCCACAACAAACUGUUUUUCUAGAUUUUUAGCUAAGUUCUGUAAAAAGCAGUUGAAAGCUAAUAGAAAAUGGGUCAUAUUACCGCUCUCAUUUCAAAAUUUGGUCGACCCAAUUUCCAGCGACACUGCCGUAAGUUUAUAUUCAUUUUUUAGAAAAUUUGGCAACUUUGGGUUAAGUUUACAUACAAUUUUUUUUUUUGAAAAAUUUUCUUUUAAAUCAUGUUCAAAGUUUCUUUGACUUAUUAUCUUUUGAAUGAAACCUAGGGUUUUGAAAUCGGACGCAAAUUGGCAGGGAUAUGGGCCUAAAAAAUGGCAUGUUUUUGAGGGGGUGACCCCAAACUUUUGAUCGGGAGUGUAUAUGGGUCCAAAUAGAUCCCAGCCAUUCGAAACGGCUAGUCAUUUCUGAUCACCUAUAGCAACGUCAACGCCAGCUUCCCCAUCAAUAUAACCGGAGCCACAUGAUACUGUUUGAUUUCUUUUCUCUGUUCUUCUUUUUCCCGGUUUUGUCGCAAAACUAUUCCUUGCAGAUAAGCCACCCUCCCAAGACUUUAGUUCACUGCGAGAGAUCGUCCCGGAUUAAGUGUAGGAAGGCGCUGGAGAUAACGGUGGCCGACGAUACGGUGGAGGUGGUCAAAGCGGUCAGCCCCGAUGAGGUGGAAACGCGCGAGAACGACCCGGACCAGGUGGCGCUGGAAUCGAUCGACCAGGACCAUCAGGGAGCGUCCUCGUCGGUGCACUCGUUUCCCCAGCACAUCCCGCUGUCGAUAGGGCUGGGGCCGGGACCGCAGUCGCAUGGACCGGGGCCGGUCGGACCGCACGGGCCGAUCCUUGGCCAUGGACCCAGUAGGGGUAUUCCCCACGGUCACGGUCAACUGUAUGGCCCUCCACCGCCGCCACCGCCUCCCCACCAGCAACAACUGCCAUCGGCCCAUGCCUACCACGGCCCUCCACCACCGUUGCCGCCACCGAAGCUUCAACCGAACAUCGAUCUGGCUCCGGAGAAACUCUACGGCGCUCCCCUCGCCGGGAACGACCUGUGGUCUUCGCCGCUCCAGGACAUGCCCAAGAUCGUUUCGCUGGACGUGAAAUGUGAAAAGCAAGGCAUGAAGGUGUUCGUUCAGUUCGAUAAGCCCUUCUUCGGUAUCAUAUUCUCGAAGGGUCACUACAGCAACAUCAACUGCGUCCACUUGCCGGCCGGGUUGGGCAAGAGUUCGGCUACUUUCGACAUUGGGAUUAAUGAGUGUGGAACAGCCGGAAAUACUGAUAAUGCUUUGUACAAUGGGUAUUCGGGAACGGAAUCGGGAGCGGGAUCUUACUUCGAGAACAUAAUUGUACUGCAGUACGAUCCUCAGGUGCAGGAGGUUUGGGAUCAGGCCAGGAAGCUGCGAUGCACGUGGCACGAUCAGUACGAGAAGAGCGUAACGUUCCGGCCGUUCCCCGUGGAUAUGUUGGACGUGAUUCGAGCGGACUUUGCUGGAGAUAAUGUGGGAUGCUGGAUGCAGAUUCAGGUCGGAAAGGGACCAUGGGCUUCGGAGGUGUCCGGAUUGGUAAAGAUCGGCCAAACGAUGACGAUGGUGCUGGCCAUCAAGGACGACGACAGCAAGUUUGAUAUGUUGGUGAGAAACUGCAUGGCUCACGAUGGUAAGCGAGCUCCGAUUCAGUUGGUGGAUCAGCGUGGAUGUGUGACGAGACCGAAGCUGAUGUCUCGGUUUACGAAGAUCAAGAACUUCGGGGCAAGCGCGUCGGUGUUGUCGUAUGCUCACUUCCAGGCAUUCAAGUUCCCUGAUUCGAUGGAGGUUCACUUCCAGUGUACGAUCCAGAUCUGUCGUUACCAGUGUCCUGAGCAGUGCACCGAUCCAGGAGUCUUGGACGUUCACCACUUGUCCGGAGGACCUGAACAUCAGCAGUACGGACCACCACCACCGCCUCCACAAUCGCUCGACGCACAUGUAUUUGCCAACCGCAAGCGAGAUGAUCGCCGUAUCCGUCGUACUCGUGCCGCUGGAGAACCGGAAGAGAAGGAAGAUGUCGGUAUGAAACGUAUCAUCCGAGUUGUGUCACCGGGAGAUCUGACCUUCCCCAUCGGCAGCCAAAACAGCACCAACGACUCCACCAUGAUUUUCCCAGCUCGGGAGGAAGGAUUGAUCUGCAUGACGACUCCCGGUUUCACGGUAACGAUCGUUGUGCUAUUGUCGAUCUUGCUGGCUUCGUGCGUAACAUCCGCCUUCCUGUGCAUCAGGCUGAAGCCGUUCUCGUUUGCCUCGCGAAAGGAACGAGCGGUUGCCUUCACCAAUCCACACCUCAGCCCGUCGAUGGCCUCGAUCGUGUCCAGCGGUCCUAGCUCAAUGGUCAGCGGCACGCUCAAAUCCACCAAAUCAGUCAAGUCGAGGAAUUUCCACUCGUAGAUAGUUGCUACGCUGAUCAAAGCGUAGAUACGGGCACACAAACACACAUACACAGCAAACACAAUAGUUGACACUAAUGAAGCUAACACACGUAUACAAACACAUAACUCUUAAUAUCUGUAAGUACAAGUUUCUCAGUGUUGAACGCACGCAACUCAUCCAUCUUUAAUUAGUCACAAAGCAACAAUAGAACACAGUAGGCCAGAAAUAGAACAAACAAAACUGAACGAUUGUAGGUGCUUUGAGAUUGUUUCUUCUACCGCACACAAGCUGGUAGCUGUUUUGUAAACAAACCCAAGCUAGAGAAAACAAAACUAAAUCAUAACCUAAUACUCUAUUUAUUCUAGAUAGACAUAGUUUAGUCAAUGCUGCGCCCCGCGAAAGGAUCAAAAUCGGUAUUGUCCACAUUGACGUAAAAUCGUUUUCGUUGAGUUUUUGUUUUAGUGCGACACGCCUCGUUGUUUCGUUAAAUGUUGAAAUUGUUAUCGUUUGGUAAAUCGAAAUCCGUAAAACACACGCUAUUAGGAAGAACAAAGUUCAUCAAAGCAGCAGGCGGGGAACAAUGAAUCAACACAAUCCAGUAGUAGGCUAGGAGUUAAGUUUGCUAAGCGAAUGUCUGACAGGCAGAAGGCUUUCUUUUGGGCAUCGUAAAAAAGGAAAGGGAUGAUCACGCGUGUUUGCAAACAUUCUACCGCGGUUGGCAGGCGACCAAAAGAAAGAGCCGACUGCCAGAAAUGGGUCGCCAUAUUUAUUUUUAAUUAUCUUUUAAAGAAAAUGCUGUCAAGCAGCAGAGCGCGCUCGGCACUUGAUUUGCUUCUUUUAUUUAUGUUUGCUAAAGUAUUUUUUAAAUGUAGGGUGUCUUCUUCAACGUAUUUCUUUCAUUCACUCAUUCAACCAAUUCCAAUGGUUCCACUUUGCGAACCCCUCGUUCUCCCCAUGGAAACCGAAACCGACGGGUUGCUUCGAUCGGGAGAAACUGAACUGAACUUUCCAGCUCGUAAAAACUUCCACUAACUCAGGUUGCUGCUUGCACAUGAAAGCACGCAGCAAAAUAUUUAAUUAUUGGGACUAUAACAAACAAAAAUUUCAAGAAAAUCAAACAGCCGUACCUCCGUACAUACCGUCACAUCGUGGAACCAUUGAAAGCGAGAAAUGCAAUCUGUAAACACGUACAUGCGAGUAUACUCUAAUCGACCUUCCUCAUCCUUUAUUUAUUUAUUCCACUUACACGUACGCAUACACGUCUUAUUUAUUGAAUUAACUCUAAACCGAACUAAAGCUUAUAAUACUCUGUUGUUCACUAUUCUCUGUUAAGCUAACAGCCAUGGAACGAGGUCACAUUUUAAAAAUGUGAUCUCUCCAUUUGGGAGUAAAUACUAUCGCCUCAACGAACUAACCUCGAUUCCCACAUCCACAACGAAAAUGCCUUCCUCUAUGUUUGAUCCUACCCUGUUCCCGAACCCACUUGAAUUUUAAGCUAACAUGAUACUUAUUAGAUAGCAAUUAAGGUCUCCAUUAAUCCGAAUCUAUCAUACGAACAAGAUGCGAAUUCUAAAAGAACUAUGAACUAUUCAUUUAGUGACACUGUUUUCUGCUAUUCCUUCUAACAUUAUUAAUAAAGAAAAUAUAUAAGCAAUUAUAUAUUUGUGCGAGUAAAAUGUAUCAUAUUUAUACUCUACAGUACACGUGCUAGCCUUACUAGGAGCUAAGUAAUUUAUUCUCUAGCUGAUAGGAAACCCCCACUCCUUCCACAACCGAUCCUGUCCGAAUUCCUUCGCUCCUUGAUCAUUUCAAACCCGAUUGUCCCUAACACCGAUGUACCCAACUACUUUAACUGUUUAGUAAAUAUGUAUUGAAGAAUAUCCGUGAAACGAUUGUGCUGAAAUUAUACGAGCAAUAAAGAUUAUUACUAAACAUGAAC